CCUCCAGAUGGGGAAAGGUUCUGCCCGCUCUCCUGAAUCCCUAAGACUGUACGGAGUUGGAGGUAAUUUGAGUCUUGGUGAUUUCUGGCCAAUGAUCGCAUUCUACGGAUGAGGAGGAAAGAGGCUAAGACGUGCGUCUUUUCCAGCUCACCAGGGACCGGGAGGGAAGGGCUUCAUUUGUUUCGUGCGCGUGGGAGGAAGGCGACUAUGCUGUGACCCUCUCGCGCCUUCUUCUGGUCCCUAGCCCCGUGGAGCCGCAGCAUCACGCGGCAAGUGGGCCGUGCGCGGCUGGCACGGCUGCUGGCUGCCUGGGGCGCUCGCUAGCUCGCUCGCUCUAGCUCGGGAGAAGCCUCGUGCAGUAGCAGCAACACCCGCGGCGCACGGCCAUCGCCCUGCAGGACACCGCGGCGCACGGCCAUCGCCCUGCAGGACACAGUAUGGCCAGCCAGCCGGGAGCAGCCGAGGCCGUUUCCUGCCAGGACUGUAAUUCUGAAUGCUCUACAGGAUGUAGUGGGACAGAACUAAAACAAAUGGCAAAGACUUUUAAGGCUAAAGAUCUAAUCAUCACACAAGCCACCAUUUUAAAAGAAAAACCAGAUCCAAAUAAUCUCGUAUUUGGGACUGUUUUCACGGAUCACAUGUUGACAGUGGAAUGGUCUUUGAAUUUUGGAUGGGAAAAGCCCCAAAUUAAGCCUCUUGAGAACCUUUCAUUACAUCCUGGCUCAUCAGCUCUUCACUAUGCAGUGGAAUUAUUUGAAGGAAUGAAGGCAUACCGAGGAGUAGAUGAAAAAAUCCGUCUGUUUCGACCAGGCCUCAACAUGGACAGGAUGCUUCGAUCUGCAGCAAGAGUAACUUUGCCUGAAUUUGACAAGGAAGAACUUUUAAAGUGCAUACAAGAACUUGUGAGAGUGGAUCAGGAAUGGGUUCCAUACUCAACAUCAGCCAGCCUCUAUAUUCGCCCUACUCUUAUUGGAACUGAGCCUUCCCUUGGAGUAAAGAAGCCAACAAAAGCCCUACUUUUUGUAAUUCUGAGUCCUGUGGGACCUUACUUUUCAAGUGGAAGCUUUAAACCAGUAUCUCUGUGGGCCAAUCCGAAGUACGUAAGAUCCUGGAAGGGUGGAACUGGGGACUACAAAAUAGGAGGCAAUUAUGGUGCCUCCAUUUUUGCCCAAAACGAAGCAUUGCAUCACGGAUGUCAGCAAGUUCUUUGGCUCUAUGGAGAAGAUCAUCAGAUAACUGAAGUGGGCACCAUGAACCUUUUCCUAUACUGGAUAAAUGAAGAUGGAGAAGAUGAACUGGCAACUCCACCACUAGAUGGUAUUAUUCUUCCAGGAGUGACAAGGCAAAGUAUUCUGGAUCUGGCACACAAAUGGGAUGAAUUUAAGGUGACAGAGAGGUACCUCACUAUGAAUGAUUUAAUAGUUGCCCUAAAAGAAAACAGAGUAAAAGAGAUGUUUGGCUGUGGUACGGCUUGUGUUGUUUGCCCAGUUUCUGAUGUACUAUACAAGGGUGAGAAUAUUCAUGUUCCAACUAUGGAGAAUGGUCCUAAGCUUGCUACCCGCAUUUUAAAUCAACUUACUGACAUUCAGUAUGGAAGAGAAGAGAGUGACUGGACAAUCUUGGUGUCUUGAAUGAAAACCACAGGAGAUAUCAUCCAUACCUUAUUGGGGCAAGCCGCUGCAUUGGAAUUGUGAUAGAUUUGUUUGGCUCCAAGUCUAUAGCUGUGUGUAAUGUAUUUUGUAUUAUCAUUGUUCCUGGGGGUGAUUGUCUCCACAUGCCAGAGAAUAGAAAUAACAAUCACGUUACUUUCUUCAGUAAGCUUGCUAGUAGAAGCUUACCUUCUUGUAGUAAUUAGAUAAAAUGUUAAGCCAUAUAAUGUAGACUUUUCCUCACAACUUUUAGUGCCUCCUUUAGUGGCCUUGUCCUUACUCAUGAUUUAGACUGGAAUAUGCUCCUCCUUCUUUGUCUCCUUAGCAUCCCCCCUUUAUUUACCAAAUGAGACUUGACUGACUAAAGCUGGUUCAGAUGAAUUUUGUCAUUUGUAUUCCAUUUCCCUUGUUCCCAUCUUUAGAAUGUUCUUUUCCUCUGUGGUUGUCAUUUUUCUCUAUUUUCUUUGAGAUAUUGGAAGAAUUGCAUUUGCUUUCUGCACUUGUACUUGGGUUUCCCAGUGAAUUUUCCUCUGGUACACAUAUUUUGCUUCACUCUUCUCUUCCACACCAUAGAAAUGUUGCCACAGAGGAUAAUGACAUGACCCCCCCUGCUCAUUUCUGGAUCUAAAGUAUCCUUAAUAGCGUUCUGUUAGUCCCUUAUGCUUGUUUGCCUUUAUUGCAUAUUCACAGGGGGUUUCCCCAGGGAGGCUUCAAUUUGCAAAGCUCCUCAUCAUCACACCUGGAGGCUCAGGGGAUUUUCAUCAAUAUCCCUGCUAAUAAUCUGCACUGUAAUUCAUUUUAUUACUCACUCUCCCUCUCUCUUUUAGUAUACCUAACUCCCACAUGCCCACACUUAGCUACAAAACACUUAUCUUGUAGCUAAAAAGACAUUGCAAAUUGAUUUUUUUUAACUUCUAAAUUUCUCUGAAUUGUAUUAGGUCCCUAAAGGGAUUCCUUUGAAGUUCCUCAGACUUCAGGAAUGUAUUCUCCCUUUAAAAAAAUAUUUCUUCAAAUUUCAUAGUGGCCUCUAUUCUUCUCUAAUCACUAAAACAAUGAUAUAAUUUUACUGAAGAAUUGAAUUAUCAGUGACAACUGUGAAAGAAGGUUUGGGCACUACAUUUUCUUUAAAAUAGAUUGUAAGCACAGAACAGUAUUCAAUUUCAUAUAAGUAUGACUGGAUGUUCUUACUGUCUUUACAUAAUUGAAACUAGUUAAUUGGCAUUUGUGUUUGAUUAUUACAGUUAGUAUAUUUAUCUGACAUUCUUUUUAUUUCCAAUGGUCUUCUGAAUCACCAGCCUGAAGAGAUACCCAAAGACACAGAACAAGAUAGAGGAAUUAUUCUGAUACUGACUUGUGCCUUGAAAUGAGAGACAAAGUUAUAAGAAAUAAUCAUGACUUUCUAGUGAGUGAAAUAAUAGUGAACUGUGUAAUUUUUCUCAUUUUUACAUUUCUGGCUGUACAAAGAUGGAAAGACCUGCUCUGAUUCAAUAGCUACUCUUUGUUACAAAGCUGGGGUUAUAUAGUGUGUAUGUAUGUGUGUGUGUGUGUGUGUGUGUGCGCACACACAUGUGCACAUGUGUGUAAAUUCUGGAAUGAAGAAGAUAAUGAAACUGUUCUUCAUAGGGCUUUUAUAAUGAGUUAUUACCCUGGAAGAUAUUACCUAAUUCAGGCCUUGCUUCUGAGAAGUAUAAGACUGUCUUUUUCACAGUUAACCAUGUCUCUUACUAUUUAAAGUAUUUAUUUUUCUUAGUAAAUCCUUUGACCUCACUUCAGAAAUGAUAACCUAGAAAAGAGUGGCAUUGGAUCUGUGAGCUUUUCAAAAUAUUUUGCUAACUAUAUCAAUAUAAUUGGUUUCCUUUGGAAUUCUAUACAUUUUAUUUUAUGCAUUAAAAACCUUAUUCUGAAAAGGGUCCACAGGCUUUAUCAGACUGUCAGAAGAGUCCAUUGCACCAAAAACCCCUGUGGUCUAAGGAAAAAGAGGGCUUACUUUCACUAGUCAUUCAACACACUGUCUUUUUAUUUAGUUUUGCACUUUCCGAGUGUGAUUUCCAUGAUCACUAUUUGGGGCCAUCUCAGGAAAUUUCCGCUAUACUUCAGGAUAUAACUCACAUUUAUAUAGUGCUUUAAGGUCCAGAAAACAUUUUUUCCCCCACAAAACAUUAAGAGGUAGAUAGGACAAGUAUUCUCAUCUCCACUUUACAGAUAAGAGAGGUUAAAUGAUUCUGUUCAUGUUCAUCCAUUACUAAGUAUCAAAGGUUGGAAGUUUGAGUCAGGUCACCUGAUUGCAAGAUCAGGGCCCUAUCUGUAAAAUCCAGGUGCCUCUCAGCUUUUGGGGAAACAUCAAAGAAGUUCACGUUAGAAUGCAUAAUCAUUCCUACUGCUUUAAUCAGAGAUAACUAUGCUACUAACUUGUUAAAUGAAUUUGGAAAGAACAUCUGCACAUCUUUUUUUCUCUCUGCCCUAUUUGUUUAAUUGUAGUGGAUUAAUAUAGCAAGAGUAGCACAUUAUAACUAGGCAAUUAUCCAUCUUUCAACAGUUAGUUAUAGUAACACUAAUUGAUCAUUUAAGACAGAAGAUAAUCUAACAUUAGGAACAUGGGAGGCUAAUCUGCUCAAAAAGAUCAACAAAUUAAUACUGUUGCUGAUAUUUGCAUAAUUGGCUGCAAUUAUUUAAUGUUUAAUUGGAUUGAUCAAAUGAGAUUCAGGAACUCACAUGAGCAUGCAUAUAAACAGAACUGAUGGUACUUAAAAUGGUAAUGAUUAAUUGUUGUUUUGCAUUUUCUUUUUUCCUCUACUUUAUUGAGGUAUUACUUUCAGAACAACUCUGUCCAUAGUUUUCUAUAUAUCAAUAGAAAUCAAGACUUUAAAAAUGAAAUACUAUUAGACAUCUACUAAAAUGGAAAUCUCUUAAAUAGCAUUUGAACUGCCAUCAGACAUUUUCUUUGUCAGAUUUCUUUUUUAAAGAGUAAAGUUGUGCCAAAUCAAAGAAUGAAAAAUCAGAUCAGCACCUUCCUGAGAUAUGGUACCAAACUCACCUGUCUGAAUGAAUAAAUGAAAAUUAUCAACUUCAUCUUUCAAACUAGCUAGAAAACUUAGAUGAAGGAGUGAAUUCUGGCAAGGAAUCUUAUUCAAACCUUAGAGAGUAGUACAAUGUAGGGAGUGGUCCCUGGACUGAGAAUUGGGAGACCAAGAUUCUAAUCUCCACUCUGCUACUAACCAUCUCUGUUACCGCCAGCAAAUCAAUCUACCUUCCUGAGCAUCAGUGUACCCAGAAAAAUUCAAACUAAAUAUACAGUGGGGGCCCUUCCAGCUUUAACAUCCAAAAAUUCUGUCUCUCCAGAAAGUACCCUGUUUUGAGGGCAAUUCAUCAAUUUAUAAGAAUUAUUGCAUUUUUAUCUUUUUACCCCCAAGAGAAUAGCACAGUGGUAUGAACAUAGUAUGUACUUUAAAAUGUUUCUUGAGGGGGCAGCUAGGUAGCACAGUGGAUAAAGCACUGGCCCUGUAUUCAGGAGGACCUGAGUUCAGGUUUGACCUCAGACACUUGACACUUACUAGCUGUGUGACCCUGGACAAGUCACUUAACCCCCAUUGUCCCUCAAAAAAUGUUUCUUGAGUCAAAUGAUAAAAGAGGAGGUACAUUAUCCUUGCAUAUUAGGAGAAAAAAACCCAGCAACAGAUAAUAGCAACCUUGUGAUGAAAUGCAAAUUUACCACUUUUAUAAAAAGAAGAAGUAAACAUCAGAACUCAAUGUUAGAACUGUGCCAAUUUGAUGGCUUACCUUAAAUCACCUAAAACAUCCAAGUACCUAAAAAUAAUUGUCCAUUGGUCCAUGGAAGCAGGACAGUCUUGGGCACCUGACAUGUCAUUUUUGGACAGAGAUUUUUGGAAGAACUUUGGUUUUAAAUAUAGAACACUAUCAUGGCUGAGUUAGAAGCCCCCAGUAGACAUAUUUUUAAAGAUAAAUUUAAACUUAUUUCCUCUGUCUCAUUGAGCAUGUUAAACUUGUAUUAUUUUUCCUUAAGCAAUUUUUCUUUAUCCAUGAAUACAGGUCAUAAUGGUACCUCACACGCAUGGAAAAGUUUAUAAGCAGAAAAGAAAUUACUUGUGUUCUUCAACAAACAGAUAUUUAUUGAAUUCUGUUUUCUGAAGCACUUGGUGUUUUUCAUGCAGUAGGUCAUGUUAGUGUCCUUUGCUUCUUGGUUUACUGUCUGAAAAUGAAGCAGGUCACUUUAGCACCUGUUAGGGAAGUAUUACCAGUGGCCCUUUAUAGCAUAAAAAUAAGUCCACAAAAUAUAGUCAGUGGAUUCUUUCUUAAAUAUCUAAGUAACCAAUGAAUUGUAAGUAGUUACUAGCAAUUAGUUUUGGUGGACACUUUAUCCAAAUAGGUCAUUUAGGUUAAGGCUUGCCAAAACAGAUUUUAAAAAAUCUGUUUCUCUUUAAAAAGUCCCUUCAAUUAGCAGCAUGCCUUAGAACUGAGAAGAAUAUUGAUGUAAGAUUUAACUUGUCCUCUUGAUUUCAACCAUAUCAAUACAUUUUAUUGGUAAUAAGUGAGGGAUUUAAAAGGUGCAUGAGAUCGUACAAUACUAGAUAUUGUGGAAUUGAUUUCAGAAUAUAGUUAUUUUCCUCAAGGAAUUUACAAUCCAGCAAUAAAAUCUAGUAGUACAAGACUGAAAGUAUUUAAUACAUGCAAACAAAAAGGAGAAUAAGAUAGUGGAAAAUGUAUUGGGGAAAACCACACUGAAUAUUUUAAUCUAUCAUUUUCAAUAUAAAUUUCUUAUUUUCUAUUUCUUUACUUCUUGUAGGAAAUUCUCUACUAAACCACUGAACAUGGCAUAAGAUUUGUCAUUUCUUAAUUGACUAAUGCUAAGCUGAUAUAACUAUCCUGGGUCAUAUUAAAUUAUUGCAACAUAUUUCAUAAGAAACCUCAGAUAAUAGUAACCCCACUGGGCUUCUUAAUCCUCAAGAGAGCUAAGGCUGAAAUUCACAUGCAAAAUAUUAUCUGAAAAUGAGAUUCACUGGAGACUGUACAUUAUGGAAUGAGCUACUUUAACAUGUUAGGUCAUAUAUUAAGCUACUUAGAAAAUGACAGGUGGAAGAUUAAUUUUAAACCAAGCCUGAGAAAUGUGUUUCUGUCCUGAAGGCCACUUCCUUAAAGUGUUAUAAGUUUGGGUCCUUUUUGUUAUUGCAAAACCACCCUUUUUUGUUGAAAAUCCUGGCUGAUUAUCAAGGAAAUUUUAGCUUCUUUUUCAUUCUUCAAUUUACCUUAAAGUGAAGUACCCACUUCAACCAAAUACUCAUUGAAUCUUUUCUUUAUUUAAUUUUCAAAAAAUGAAACAUACCAAUGCUCAAGAGGUAGGGAUGUGGUCACCUGGAAUGAUUUCCUGUGACUAGGUAUACUUAUAUAUUUGCUUCUAAAAAGACACCAAAACUCAGUCUUUGAGAAUGAAUCUGUAUUUUGAUUCCCCUCCCCCAGCGUUUUUUGCCAAUCGGAUCAGAUGAUUAGAUCUAAUUUCUUUUUGGCUGUAUGGUUUCUUGUACUGGCAUCUCCAAUGUUAACAGUACUUAACAGUUGAGUAGUUUACUACACAUUUUGUAUCAUCCCAAAACUCUUGUUUGCGAGAUAAUAUGUAGAUUCUGAUUCACAAAGUAAAAUGCUGAGGUAGAUUCUGGUGUCAUUUUGUUCAUUGACAGAUAAUACCACUUAAUUCCUCUUGGCCAAGGCUACAGUGCAUGCGUUCUUUCUUAAAGUUUGUACAGCAUGCAGAAAGAUGUGAAAAAGAAAUCUAGUGGCAGAACAAAAGUGAGAAUGAAAGAGGAAGGGAUAUGAUUUAGGAAGCAACUCAGAUAUUUCAUUCUACUUCCAUUCUGUCCAAAGAAAGACUAUUUCCCUUCUCCUGCUGAAUCCUUGUAAUCUGCCACUCUUUUAAACCUUGGCUUCUACGCUAAGGCUAGUUACAGGUGCCAAAUAGAAAUAGUGCCAAUUAUUAUGUGUCCUCAAGAAAAUGGUUUUGAGUUUCCCCCCUAGGAUUAGAGUGAGCUCACAGAUACAUUUUAUGACAGGGACUGUAGGCAAUUUUGUCUUUUAUUCCCCAUGCCUAGUACAAUGCUAAACAUAGACAAGGCACUUAAUAAGUGCUUAUUGAAUUGAGAUAAAUUAUUGAUAUAUCUAAUACAAAUGACUUUGGACAACUAAAGGGUUGGUCUGGAGUUAAUCCAAGAGAUUUCAAUAUCCAGGGCCUUAAAAAAACACUCUUGUAUGCACUAUCAAUUCUUGAGCAAUCUUUUUCCUUACAGAUUUUCUUAUUAUAAGUUUCUUUGGGCAAAGGAGAGUUAUAAGGAACAAGAAUCAAAUUAUUAUUCAUCACAGAUCUUCUUAUUGCUUAUAUUGAAAUGUUCUUUGAAUGCUUCAGGAAUUAGAUUAAUAUUAUAGUUUCAUUUUUAACUGUGAAAUUAAAUAUUUAGUUGUGUUUUCCUCCAGCUAGUUAUCAAAGGGUACAUAAAAAUAAAUACUAAGGUUAAGAGGAAUACAAGAAUCUACUUCAAACAUUGAUUUUCUGGUAAAUUUCCAAGAUUGUAGGAAACACUAUUAGACCAGAUCUUGGAAAGUAACUUAGCUAGUCUCUGAGCAUAUAUCAAGUUAUUCUAAAGAGGUUCCCCCAGUGAAUUGAAAGAAUUGAGACACAUCUCAUUUAAACCAUAGUCCUCACUCAUAGUUUGAAAUUACAUGUACAAUUUAAUAAUGGAAAAUUGAUAAAGAGAAAUAGAUUAGAGUGAACAUAUCCUAUCCAAGAGUUUAUAGAAGUUUAGGAACAUUGAAAAGUUAGCAAAAAGUGUGGACUUUCUGAACCUUGUUUUCUUGCAUCUGAAUCUGAUUAUAGCUGCCACUGGAGUGAUAAAACCUGGCCACUAGUGUCUUAAAUCUCCUGCUUUAUUAUGUGGCUAGUUCUCUACCAGUUUGUGAAACUCUCUUUAAGUAAGAAAAAUUGGUCAUUCAAUAUUCUAGAAGACUUAUGUUUUCAUAAAUGUUUGAGCUGAUAUUAUGUUACAAGGAUUCAGAGACACUAAAAACAUCAUAAUAACAGCUAUAAGGAAAAUAUAGUGGGUAAAGUAAAGGAAACUCUACCUCAUUCUUCUUUAAAGGUUUUGUAAAAGCACAAUUAAACUCUUGUAAUGGCUUUGUUACACAUGAACCAUCUGGUGUGAAAGAACACUUUAUAUUUGUAUGUCUAAAGAACCUGUAAUAAUUGUACUUUGUUGGCAAUAGAUACAUUCUUUAUUGUUUGCAUUUUCCUCAUCCAAUCUGUAAUUAUGCAGUAUUUCUCUCUUCAAUAAAGCAAUUUAAUGGA